AUGUUAAUUAUUUAUAAGGGAUUUGCUCUUAUGUAUGCAACCAAGAAUCUCCAACUUCCGUUCGUACAAGUAUACUGUUACUUAUGGCUAUGGAGUCACAAGCAUUUUGGAAUGGGCGGUUUCGGAAAAGAGUUCUCGCUCUCUCUCUCUCUCUCUCUCUCUCUCUCUCUCUCGUUGUCUCUGUCGACUGCCAUUCUCACGGCUGACACCUUGUCCUUCGGGUCUCAAAGUCCACGUCAAAGGUCCAAGGCUCAAAGGGUUUCUGUGAAUGUGAACUACUUGAAUACUAAAUUUUGGAUUGAUGGGCUACAAAUGGACGUAGGUCAUUUAGAUUUAGUGCUGCUUUGA